AUGGCCGCGAACGUGUCCAGCUCGGACUGCUCCUUCAAGUGUCCAGGAAACAGCACGCAAUACUGCGGCGCGGGUGUGAGGCUCAACCUCUACAUCCUCAGAACGGAGUACGCGAGGUUGCAGAAUCUGGCCGGCACCUCCUCCUAA